AUGGAGCCAUUUUCCUGCCGCUCUUGUGAUUCUAUUGCUAUGUAUUUAUACCUUAUAAAUCUUGGACCAAAUGCUGGAUUUGAACCAAUCAGCUCUAAAAGAGUUAUAUUUGCUGGUGAGAGUACAAGUGUUUUAAGAGACACUAGAUUACCUUUACCAGCAGGUGCAAUUGCAUUG